AAUGUAGAAACUUGAUAACAUCGUGAGUUUCAGCUGAGGCUUGAACCGUGUCCAGACCUGGUUCAGUCUGUACUUUAAUUACAUUUAUACACACAUAUACACAUAUAUCUGUCCUCCUGUGUCGUGUGUGUGAGUGUUUCCCCGGUGGUGAACCGGCCGGAGCGGGAUGGACGAAGCGAGCACCAGAUAUCAGCAGCUGCCCAGCGAGGAGGACCAGGAGGAGAGUCCCCCGGUGGCAGCGGACGCUCCACCUCCGUACAGCAGCAUCUGCGUGGGCACUGCUGGCGUUUAUGACAAGGAGGAUGGGAUUUUCCCGAAGCCUCCAUCAUACAACGUAGCCACCACGCUCCCCUCCUAUGACGAAGCAGAAAGAGCCAAGGCCGAGUCUUCUGCUCUCUUGGUAACUGGAAGACAGCAACCGCAGCACAGGGAACGCCUGGACACUUUUGACGAUGUUGUUCGCAAUUCACUGGAGGACGAGGACUUUGUGACCAGAGAUGAUUUUGAAGAUGCUGAUCAGCUGAGGAUAGGAAACGAUGGCAUCUUCAUGCUCACCUUCUUCAUGGCAUUCCUCUUCAACUGGAUCGGCUUCUUCCUAUCUUUUUGUCUGACCACCUCGGCCGCAGGACGUUAUGGAGCCAUUUCCGGUUUUGGCCUGUCCCUGAUCAAAUGGGUGCUCAUCGUCCGGUUCUCCACAUACUUCCCUGGUUACUUUGAUGAACAGUACUGGCUGUGGUGGCUCUUCCUGGUUUUGGGGUUGUUGCUCUUCCUCCGAGGAUUUAUCCAUUAUUCCAGAAUCCGAAAGAUGGCCGACACCCUCUCCACCCUGCCCCACACCCGCGUCCUUUUCAUUUACUGAGCCCCACGCCAGUUUUUGUUUUCUGUCUACUGUCAAGCAUUAUCAAAUCAGAAAAAUGUGACACAAUUCGGACGAUAUGGAUCUGUUACGGCCUCUUGAUACAACACAGGGAAUGCUAAGAAGUCUGUAAAACACUUGAUUUAUUACUUGUGAAUUGUCGGGUACUUUCUACUCGCUUGAAGUCAUCUUUAAAUGAAUGCCUUAUUUACAAUUGUAUUAUAUCUUGGUGGCAGAAGCAUUGCUCUUCUCCCUGUCGCCGCCAGGGGGCAGCAGUGUUCAGUUUCCUCCGGUUUUUUUUUGUCUGAUCAUUUCUUUCCUUUUUUUUUUUCUUUCUUUUUUUUUUUUUUUACAGAAGAGGGUGGCUCUCUGCCCGGGGGUCAGUUGACAGGUCACGAGUUAUAGGUUGAUUUACACAAUGUAAGAUUAUAUAUUUAAAUUUAAUGUGCUCUGACCUGUAACCAAUGCAGGUUGUUUCUUGUGAAACCAUAAACAUUUCACAUAGACGAGGCUGUAAAGGGAAAAUAUCUGCUUCUUUGUGGGUACGGGGCCCCAAAAGACAUCUUUUUAAAAACAUCACGGCCCAGGUUUCCUUGAAUAUGAUGUGUAGUGUGUGUAUAAAUAACUAAAACCUGUGUUAUACUUGUAUAUCAAGCAGAAACCCUGCAGGAAUGUUGGGGUUAAUCCGGAGCAGAGCUUCCUGUGAAUGGUUUAGGGUCAAAAUGAUAGUCUGUACAUUUGGACACCUAUGGUCAAAUAAAUAAUUCAAUCACCA